AUGACUAACAAAUCAACAACAGCUGGAAUUAUUGAGAUUCCUAAACGAAAAACUACAAUGGUUAAAACAGAGAAACGUAAACUUCCGUUAAAGACGAAUUCAAAAAGAUCCGACUCUUCGAAUUCUAAUUCUAAUAAUUCAAUUUUGUCAACAAGCCCUUCAGGAAUAACAACAGAGGCUGCUUCGACAACAACUAACAAUCAAUCUAAAUCUCGUACAAUAACUAUAAAUGAUUCGUCAUCAGAAUCUAGUGAUAAUACUUUAGUAACAUCACCAACUCAAUUAACUUCAUCAUCGCCAUUACAACUAAAUAAUAUUCAUUUAACUGAGGAGGAAAUUAAAUUAAAACAACUUGAACAAGCAAAAAAGAUUUUAUUGAGACAACAAGAGGCACCAAGUUUCAGACAUGAAUUACAAUUAAAAGAAACAAAAGAACCUACAAGAGGUAGGUCACUACAAUCACUUAAACGUGACCAAUUAAGAUCUCCAAGUCCAAGUCCAAGGUAUACAUCUUCUCCAACUCCGCCACUUUUAUUAAAAAGAAGACAACAACAAAGUGACACCAAUUACUAUCAUGCAGAAUCAGAUGAUUCCAAUACAUCUAAUAAUAGUAGCAUAACAAAUAAGAAAACAGCUACUAAAAAACGUAAUAAUACACUCAAUGCCUCCAAGCCGGUAUGCACAUGUUUGAAACCUGAUAAUCCAUCAUCUAAAAAUUAUAUAAUUGUUUUGGAAUAUGCAGAAUCAGAUCUUUAUCAAUAUAUAAGCUUAAAUCCAAAUAUGUUAUGGUCGCUUAAGUUAGCAUUAUUAUGUGAUAUAUCUCGUGGAUUGAGUACAAUUCAUCAAUGUAAUCUGACUCAUAGAAAUUUUCAUGGUGGUAACAUCUUAAUAAUAAAAGAGGGAUUUGUUGUUAUAAGCGAUAUGGAAAUUAGAAUAUAUGGGGAUAGGGUUCACGAUAUUGAAUUAGCAAUAGAAAUAUGUGAUGGAUUAAAACCUAAACGUAUUGAUGGUAUACCUCAAUGCUGGAUAAAUUUAAUGGAACAAUGUUUAGACGUUGAUGCAACAAAAAGACCUGAUAUUUUGACCAUUCAUAGAAUUUUAGUUGAUUGGUUAAGAAAAAUCAUUGACACUCCUAAAUUACCUUAUAAAAUCAACACUGAUUUUGCGUUGGCGGAAAAUUACAGAUCACGUAAAUUAAGCAUCAAUAAAACAAAUGCAAAAAUGGUUCAAUCCACAUCAUCCUCAUUUUCAUUAACCAAGAAGAAGAAUAAUAACAAUAAUAAUAACAAUAAUCCAAAUGACGAAGAAAAACAUGACGAUAAAAAAGAUAAUAAGGAUAAAAGUAAUACGCAGGAAGAUAUUAAUGAUGAAAAGGAGAAAAAUGAAAAAGACCAAAUAAUUAAAGAACAAAUAAACAAUAAUUACGAAAAAGGUGUGAUGUUACAGGAAAGGAAGGAAGAGGAGGAAGAAAAGCAAAAAAGAAUAAAAGUUGAUGAAUUACUGUCGAAACCAAUCUAUCACAGUCAAUUAUACGACUUUGGAGAUGAACAAUUUCUUGAUUUCAUGACGAAUUUAACAGAAUCAGAAGUUGGUAGUACGUAUGAACCACCUCAAUCUCCAUCAAAUGAAAGUACAAGCAGUAGUAAAGUUACUUGCGGCGAAUUAGAGAGCAUGUCAAUUACAAAUACAACUGAUGAUAUAUAA